AUGGCUAAUUUUAUGAAAUGGAAGGAGAUCGUGUAUUAUCUUUUCGAUGUCGGCUUUUUUGUGAACAAUUACACAGAAACAAAUCUACUUUAUCAUAUUAACUCAUUAUAUUCAUGGACACAGAAACUGCAGAUAACUAAGCAUUCAUCAAAAGAAGUUGUUGGUGAGCUAAAAUGGAAAUUUACUUUGGGACAACAGAAAGCAAAUUUCACCGUUCAUGAUCCAGUUUCAAACCAAUGGAUAAACGGAAAUGUUCAAAAAAAGUUCUGUUUUCUCUGUGGAAAAUAUUUUAUUCAUUGGAAUGAACAAGAUAUUCGAAUUGAAAAGAAAGGCAUAUUAACACCAACACUAUUUAUUGAUGACAAAAAAAAUCGAACUCUUGCCAAACUCGAAAAACGCCCAUUUGCAUUGUUUAAUACAGCAAAAUAUGAUUUAGAAAUCUUGUCCAAUGAUUUUCCCGAUGCAAUUUAUUUUGUUGGAUUUACUUUUCAUGCUCUCAGUAGCAAAAGGUCAGGGAAAGGUUAA